AUGAGGUUGGAGAGGACUAAAUUGCGAAAAAUCAAUUUGCUGCUGCAACGAAGAAUAUCUAACUAUGUAGCUGCGGAUAAGUUGGAUCAGGAUAUCCGGAUUAUAAGACGCAAACGACCGUUGGGAAUAUUCACUUUGGACAAGAACAAAUUGUAUAAGGAUAAAUUGCAAAAGUUUGGGGAGUUGUUGACCAGUUGGAAAACGGAGCAUCGUCUGAUGACCAGAAGGACUCGCGCCCUUCAGGAGGACUGUGACAACGCGAGCGAACAUUUUGCUAAAGAAUUGGUGGUGUACGAGAAGAGACUUAGGGAAGUCGGGGUUGGCCUAAUUAGGGCUCGGAAUGCUCAACCGUUGCAGGAAAAGGUCGUGGAUCGUUAUCUAAGAAGACAACGACUCAAAUUGCAUGAAUUGUCGGCGCAGCGCCUUCGUCUGCUGAAGGUUCUGAGGGCCCUCAAGCAAGCCGAGGACUAUUGGAAAACUUUUUCUGUAAUUGAUCCGUCUAAGCCAAAAGAAAGAUCUAUUAUGGUAUAUGAAAAGCUCUUGGCUAUGAAGCAGCAUCGAGCAGAAAAAUUAGAAGAUCGUAAAUCGGAAAUCCAGGCCCUGGAUGAAAAGUGCCGCGGCAUAGCGGUGGCCUUGGCCCAUGUGCGAGAAAAAGCCCAUGCCGUCAAAUAUGAUGUCCUGUACAGUACUGAAAUGCUGCAAGGAUAUGAGGAAGACGCUGCCUGGAUCCGCUUAUUAACAAACAGUAGCAAGAUGGCACGUGAUCGUUUAAAAAGAGAAAUUGAGAAGAAGAAAAUGCAGUGCGGUUUGAUGCUGCGUCCGGAUUUGCUGAAGGACAUGAUGAAGAUUGUUGAGAAAGUGGAGGAACGAAAAAUCGAGCUAGAAAAGCAGAAAGAAUUGCAUCAGAAAGAGCACGAGCAAUUGGUGAGAAUAAGGGAAAAAAUACACGAACGCAGUAAAAGUAGAGAUAUUUUAAGGGAACCUUUCAAGAUUUAUUGA